AUGCGUUCACAAGAUUCUGCCGCGAUACGGAAACAAAUCUGUCAACAAGCAUCGUUCGAUCCGCCUGAAGACGCAUGUUCAUCCUGCGAUUUUAUACACGGAACCGAGGAGAAGCCUUACUCUGGCGGUCAAUGCAACGUGUAUGCUCUCAAAGACCAUCUGGGUCGAUGUGUCGCAAUGCGCAUAUUCCGCCAACAAGACACUUCGUCAGUAUUCAUUCUGGUGAACGAACUGAAAUACAGACGAGAGAUCAAACGCUGUGGAAUCAAAUUUUUCCAAGAUGUCAUCUCGCACUGUGAGAACGGAAAUCAGCUCAUUCACAAUCCGUUCAUUUGCUUAAGCUGGGUUGAAGGAGAACCGUUAACCUGGUCGGAUUCAGUUCCCAAAGCACGUUCUGUAAGAAACGAUUUGAUCAAGGAGAUUGCCAACAUUUGUCUUGACCUUUUAAGCAUUCAGGAAGAAGGCACUUCGGCAAAAGCGGAAGUAACGGUCAAGAUACAGCGAAAGAUCGAAAGAGCAGAGAAGGGAAGCUACAUUGGUGGCAACGUAGAGAGCUGCAAAAGGCAGAUGAGCCUACUGGAAAAUUACUGGAUCCCCCAUCUUGAUGAAGCGCCACGUGUGCUUGUUCAUGGCGACUUGUCGGCCAACAAUAUCCUCGUGGACCAACAUUCAAAUCUCAGAAGCAUAAUCGAUUUGGGCUGGACCGAGAUGGUGCCCCUGCAAUUCGCCGCAAAGUAUCCUCGAUUUCUAACCCAUGAACCUCGACAUAAUUCUUUUGAUUGGGCUGCUACUAAUACAGACUGUAUGCAAAGGGACAGGCUCGUCUUUCGGGAAUGUGUCCGAGACAGGGCUAUGCGUGAAGGUGGGUAUUGUCAAGUGUAUUACGACAUUCUAUGUAGAGAAGAUGAGGUUAACCGCCACUGGUGGUUCACCGCGAUAUCUGAAGCGGACAAGCACAUAGCGAUGGAGUCGUGCGCCUGGUGUCCCGAGCCGAGUCUUCUCUGA